UUUGCAAUAAUAUUGAUGGCUCUCUACUGGUGUACAGAGUGCAUCCCUCUGGCUGUUACAGCACUGUUGCCUGUAAUACUCUUCCCCAUGCUGCAAAUUAUGGAAUCAGAUGAGGUUUGCAUCCAGUACCUGAAAGACUCCAACAUGCUUUUCAUUGGUGGGCUUGUGGUCGCUAUCGCUGUUGAACAGUGGAACUUGCACAAGAGAAUCGCCCUACUGGUUCUGCUUGUCGUAGGGGUCAAACCUUCUUUCCUUAUGGUAGGGUUCAUGAGCACCACAGCGUUUUUGUCCAUGUGGAUCAGUAACUCAGCUGCUACUGCCAUGAUGCUGCCCAUUGCAAAGGCAGUGCUGGACCAGCUGUCCGACACAGAGGCACGAACAGAGGAGAAAGAGUGGGAAAUGAUGGCUGCCAGUGAUGGUGAAGGGAACCCAGUGUUUCAAAUGGAGGAUGAGAAAACUGACAUGGGCAAUUGUUGUGCUAAAAGAGCAGAGGCUGAGCAACAGAGAGUGAAGAGGGAACAGAAAUACUCCAGGCUGUCCAAAGGAAUGAGCCUGGGCAUUUGUUACUCUGCCAGCAUCGGGGGCACGGCCACGCUGACUGGGACCACUCCAAAUAUGAUCCUAAAAGGCCAGAUCGAUGAACUCUUUCCUCAUAAUGGCGGCAUCAUUAACUUCGCAAGCUGGUUUGGAUUCUCAUUUCCUAACAUGGUUCUGACACUGGUGCUGUCAUGGUUGUGGCUGCAAAUUUUAUUUGUGGGUUUCAACUUGAAAGAAUCAUUUGGAUGUUGUACAAAAAGUCAAGGUCAAAAAGAGGAUUACCAGGUGAUCAAAAAUGAGUACAAGAAGCUGGGCCGGAUGAGUUUUGCUGAGGGCUGUGUUCUCCUGAUCUUCACUCUGUUGGUUCUGCUGUGGUUUACCAGAGAUCCAGGCUUUAUACCAGGCUGGGCCACUGUUCUCUUCAAUCAGCAGAAAAAGUAUGUCACAGACGGUACAGUGGCUAUAUUGAUGUCAUCACUUUUUUUCUGCAUCCCAUCCAGUUUACCUUCAUUCUCUUGUGGGUCUUCAGAUGGUAAGGGGCAAAACAGGGCCUCUGCUAAAGCCCCACCCCCAUUACUGAGCUGGAGCAUAGUCCACCAGAAAUUGCCCUGGAACACCCUUCUGCUUCUAGGGGGAGGGUUUGCGCUGGCUCAUGGUAGUGAUGAAUCUGGACUGUCUGCCUGGCUGGGAAACACUCUCAUUCCAUUACAAAAUAUUCCCCCAUUUGCCAUUUCAAUCCUGCUGUGUUUGCUGGUGGCCCUCUUCACAGAGUGCUCCAGUAACACUGCCACCACAACUCUGUUCUUGCCCAUUCUGGCCUCAAUGGCUGUAGCUAUCAAGAUCCAUCCCAUGUAUGUCAUGAUUCCAUGCACUUUUGCUUCCAACCUGGCAUUCAUGCUUCCUGUGGCAACACCCCCCAACGCCAUAGCCUUCUCCUUUGGUAACCUCAAAGUCAUAGAUAUGGUCAAGGCUGGGUCCAUGCUGAAUAUUAUUGGUAUCAUAACCAUCAAUCUUGCCAUUAAUACCUGGGGUGUAGCAAUGUUCAAUCUCGACACAUUUCCAGACUGGGCCAAUGUGACUGUGAAACCAUAG